AUGCUAGCUCUUCGAUUUCUUCGGCUACCAGGAAGAUUAUUGAACUACACAAGCACCCAUAAUUUACACUUGUCUAGAGCUACCUCCUUUUAUUUAGCUGCGUUCUUCCCCACAAUUCAAUUCAAGCUUUCUGAUAUUGGUGAAGGCAUAGCUGAAGUGCAGAUCAAGGAAUGGCAUGUAAAAGUUGGUGAUACAGUCUCACAGUUCGACAAUAUAUGUGAGGUUCAAAGCGAUAAGGCAGCGGUGACAAUCACAAGCCGCUUUGACGGUGUGAUCAAGAAAUUGUAAGU